CCCCGCGCCUUCCUCCUCCUCCCGCCGCCGCUGCCGCCGGAACGUUCGGCCUGGGGCGGCCAGGGCUGAUCCGGUGCGCGCCGCGCCCUGUGACUCGGAGGGGGGCCGAGGGGGGGAGCCCGAUUCGCUCCGCGGCGCUCGGGCGGAAGGCCCUGGUCGGCUUCCGCCUGGUCUGGGGGCCCCCGGGGCUCCUUCCAGUCGGGGACCCUUCCCUCUGCGCUAAGGAGGAGCGGACACCUGCCGCUCUGCCUCCCUCCCGAAAGCGGGGUCGUCUCCGCACAUCCACACAGACGCCAGAGAGCUUCACCAUCCCGUUUCGCGCUGUUUUCCAACUCCGCUAGUUCCUACCGGCCCCCGCCUCCUGCCCUGUGCACGCUCACAGGGAGGCAGCCCCGACCCCCUGCAGCCUGGGUCCGGCUCGGUGCCCGCGGGCUCCCUCCAGACCACCCCUCCUCUUUGCACUUCCCCGACUCCCCGACCCUCUGUCCUCCUCCCCCCCCCCACCCCUCCGUCCCCUGGUCGCCUCUUGGAGCCCCCGCUUGACCACGAUCCAGUGGGUACCGCCCACCCCAGGAUGUGAGCCCCCGGCGCCUGUAAUGCUGUGGCUCGCCCUUGGCCCCUUCCAUGCCAUGGAGAACCAGGUGCUGGUGAUUCGUAUCAAGAUUCCAAAUAGUGGCGCGGUGGACUGGACAGUGCACUCCGGGCCGCAGUUACUCUUCAGGGACGUGCUGGAUGUGAUAGGCCAGGUUCUGCCUGAAGCAACAACCACAGCAUUUGAAUAUGAAGAUGAAGAUGGUGACCGAAUUACAGUGAGGAGUGAUGAAGAAAUGAAGGCCAUGCUGUCUUAUUAUUAUUCCACAGUAAUGGAACAGCAAGUAAAUGGACAGUUAAUAGAGCCUCUGCAGAUAUUUCCAAGAGCCUGCAAGCCUCCUGGGGAACGGAACAUACAUGGCCUGAAGGUGAAUACCCGAGCUGGACCCUCUCAACAUGGCAGCCCAGCAGUCUCUGAUUCACUUCCAAGCAAUAGCUUAAAGAAGUCUUCUGCUGAACUGAAAAAAAUAUUAGCCAAUGGCCAGAUGAAUGAACAAGACAUACGGUAUCGAGACACUCUUGGCCAUGGCAACGGAGGCACAGUCUACAAAGCAUAUCAUGUCCCGAGUGGGAAAAUAUUAGCUGUAAAGGUCAUACUACUAGAUAUUACACUGGAACUUCAGAAGCAAAUUAUGUCUGAAUUGGAAAUUCUUUAUAAGUGUGAUUCAUCAUAUAUCAUAGGGUUUUAUGGUGCAUUUUUCGUAGAAAACAGGAUUUCAAUAUGUACAGAAUUCAUGGAUGGGGGAUCCUUGGAUGUAUAUAGAAAAAUUCCAGAGCAUGUCCUUGGAAGAAUUGCAAUAGCAGUUGUUAAAGGCCUUACCUACUUGUGGAGUUUAAAGAUUUUACAUAGAGAUGUGAAGCCCUCCAAUAUGCUAGUAAACACAAGAGGACAGGUCAAGCUGUGCGAUUUUGGAGUUAGCACUCAGCUGGUGAAUUCUAUAGCCAAGACGUAUGUUGGAACAAAUGCUUAUAUGGCGCCUGAAAGAAUUUCAGGGGAGCAGUAUGGAAUCCAUUCUGAUGUCUGGAGUUUAGGAAUCUCUUUCAUGGAGCUUGCUCUUGGGAGGUUUCCAUAUCCUCAGAUUCAGAAAAACCAGGGAUCUUUAAUGCCUCUCCAGCUUCUGCAGUGCAUUGUUGAUGAGGAUUCGCCCGUCCUUCCGGUUGGAGAGUUCUCCGAGCCAUUUGUACAUUUCAUCACUCAGUGCAUGCGAAAACAACCAAAAGAAAGACCAGCACCUGAGGACCUGAUGGGCCACCCAUUCAUCAUGCAGUUCAAUGAUGGAAACGCCACCGUGGUGUCCAUGUGGGUGUGCAGGGCGCUGGAGGAGAGGCGGAGCCAGCAGGGGCCCCCGUGAUGCUGCAGAGGGGCCCCGAACCGGUCGCCAGAGGACAAGCUACCUGUUGCGCCCCCUUUCUGUUUGCUGUCUGCUCCAGAAGAGCUUCGCUGGGCCCGGCUUCCCUGCUCUCACCUCCGACUCUGCUGGCAGAUGGCCUAGCCUAGGGAGCCCUCGAGAGUGGCCAGCCCUCGCCUCCUCUGGUCUGGAGGCACUGGCUGGGGUGGGCAGGGGGGUGGGGGUGUCGAGAAUGGAGGCUUCUGUACCCCUGCCCCUCUUUUUUCCUAACAUUUUUCUUUGUAAACGGUCAGGCCCGUCAGCAUCACUGAUGGGAAUAAAAGUAUUACUGCU